GGCCGGUUCAUCAGUAGACACAAUACAAUAUUGGGCCUCGCACCACUACCCACCAAAUGUGCAAAAUGAGAAUGAAUCUUUGGCUAGAACAUGGGAGGAUACACGGCCAUAUCUUUUGUGUUUUGUACAUUCGGUGAGUAGCGGAGCGAGGCCAAUUGAAUUCCAUUCCACUUUGCGUAGGAAGGGCUCGCAAGCUGAUGUACCAAUGCGCAGAUCAUACUGCGGUCCACGGUUCAUGCUGCAGGUCUUCCGCGGUUGUCGGAGGUUGCUCCCUGCGUCACAGUCGUCCAUGCUCUUCUUCUGGGGUAUAUAUUAACCCCUCCCGCUCAUGUCCGUUCCGAAGGACGCUUCAGAGGAAAAAAGCUUGGCUAUGGAGUGGCUUGACAACCCCUUGGCUCGGACGUGUUCAAGAAGACGCAGAAGAAGAAGAAGCAGGUAGAGUGUGCCGCUGCUGCUCCGAUGGAAGGAUUGGGAUAAAGUUAACGAAGCCAACAUCAGUUUAUUCCGUGAACGAUAACGAUGUCCAUUUGGACCCCUUGCUCACUUUUCGACGGCAUGGCGAUGGCGAUGGCGAUGACGAUGACGAUGACGAUGGCGAUGGCGAUGGCGAUCUCUAUUUGACAAGUAUUUAACUUUAGUCGAGAGCGAUGACGAUGGCAUGGAUCAUCUGAGCUGAAGUGGGGAUCCGAGAAGAGGACGUGUCACGGAUGAGAGAUGUGUCCAUCGGGAUCGCGACAGCUGAUGUCGGCCUGACAGCGGAGAAGACAGCGAUGGCUGAUGUCGGCCUGAGAGCCGAGAAGGCGACAAUGACGACGACGACUAUGAAUAACUGUCAUGGCGAUGGCGAUGGCGAUGGGUGUUGUCAACCUUGACCGAUGAGAAGAAGGUGAUGGCUAUGGCGAUGGCGAUGGCUGACGUCAACAAGUUGAUCGUCUUCUCCUCCCUCCUCCUCUUCUUCUUCUUCUUCAUCCUGUUUCCUGUUCUCUCCCCUCGUCAGCUUGUUGUCGAAGCUCACACCUUCUUGGAUCAUGUCACGAUCAACGGACAGGAUUUGACGGCAUGUGUAAGAGAUCAUAAUACGGCUCUCAACUCCCCUCUCUACGAUACUACCGCUCCCAACAUCGUGUGCAAUGCCGGAGUGAAUCCUAAGCCUCCUUGUGCUGUCAAAGCGGGGGACACGAUCAAUCUGCAAUGGUACUUCGUCCCACAGAACAGAUUCGGUGCACCUGGGUUCAUCGACAAGUCUCAUAAAGGUCCUUAUUCUGUUUACAUGGCCAAAGUUGAUGAGAGAACCUCCUCCUCCUCCUCCUCCUCCUCCCCCUCCCCCUCGUCGUUAAAUAAAUUACAAUGGUUUAAGAUCCAUGCACAUUGCUAUGACACGACGACGAAGCAGUGGGGUGUGGAUGAACUGCGCGCCAACAGUGGAGCCAUGCGCGUCCGGAUCCCCCCCACUUUGCCUAGGGGGUAUUACAUAAUUAGGGGGGAAAUCGUUGCGCUGCAUCAAGGGUUUUCGUUCAAAGGGGCUCAGUAUUAUGUUCACUGUGUGGAUCUGUUUGUGCAUGCCGUCAACCAAAACCCGCUGCAACAACAGCAGCAGCAGCAGCAACAAGGCUUAGCGACACUUCCCAGGGGCAUUCUAAUUCCAGGACCUGACUACAUUCAUGCGUCGGAUCCUGGUGUGUAUUUCAAUAUAUAUACGGGCGAUUUGUCAACCUACAGAUGUCCUGGGCCGCCGCUUGCGGAUUUCUCAUCAGCUGUCCGAAGUCAAAGUCAAAGCCGCCAGCCGGUUGUCGUGCCGCUCUUUUCCCCGCCAAAUGGCAUACGACGCGGCGGAGAUUUUGGCGGGCAAAUGAGUGGAGGAGGAAUGUACCGACCUGCACCGCCUCUCCCUGUGUUUCCCGCCAAAACGGUCGGGACAUAUGCUGACAUCAACCAGAAAAGUAUCGACGACUCAGCGAUGGCCGGCGGCGGCGGCGCCGCGUCCUCGUCCGGAUCAUCAUCAUCCAUUCGGGCGGCACGUGACAGGUCGUCAGGUGCCGCCAUCGCCGGAGGCAGAAGCCGAACGAGGGCAAAUCGCAACGAACGGACAGGAAAUCGAGACACGUUGCCGUCAGCCGCGCUGCGGUCGGAUCCUGGCCCGUCUUCUUCUGCAGCAUCAGCAAUCAAUAGCCGCCAUCCAGCCGACUUAUCUGGCGGGAAACCGGUCUGCCGUGACUCUCCCCAACUCAACGACAUCGGUUCUGAGUUGGGUAAUCCUACGGCUGCCAUGGCGAAGGGACCUUCAAGCAAGCUGCAGGCUCAGGGGGAGCCUCAGGCUACUAAAGGACAGCCUCCGCCUCCGCCUCCACCUCCGCGGCAGUCUCAGGGACAGCAAAGCUUGCCCCUGAGGCUGGGGCUCACCACUAUUGCUGCUACGGUUGCAGAGAUAUUCACUUUCCCGAUAGAUAUCACGAAGACACGACUGCAAUUGGACGGAGAGAUGCAAAAGCAGACGGGGGCUGUAAAGCGUCGUGGUGCACUAGGCACAGCUCUGGGCAUUGCGAGGGAAGAAGGGGUUAGUGGGUUAUACAGGGGGUUGUCGGCUGCUUUGGUGCGGCACAUGAUCUACUCCAGCUCUCGCAUCGUAAUCUAUGAGCAGUUGCGGGCGGCUUCGAUGAACAAGACUUUGAGUUCGACGGGAGAGCAAGGACGUGCAAAGGAAUUGUCAGUGGGCAUGAAGGCACUGUUGGGCGGGACGGCUGGCGUGAUUGGCCAAGUCAUAGCCAGCCCUGCUGACCUAGUCAAAGUACGUAUGCAGGCCGACGGACGACUUGCUGCUACGGGCGUUCCUCCUCGCUACACGGGUUUUCGUGAUGCCUGCUCAAAGAUUUACGGAGAAGAAGGACUGCGUGGGCUGUGGCGAGGAGUUGGGCCCAACGCGCAGAGAGCAGCGUUUGUGAAUAUGGGAGAGCUUGCAUGUUACGAUCAUGUCAAAUACUUCAUCAUCUCUCGAAAGCUUGCCGACGACAAUAUUGCGGCCCACACAAUGGCCAGUGUGCUCUCAGGGCUUUCCGCAACCGUCCUCAGCUGUCCUGCGGAUGUCGUGAAGACCCGUAUGAUGAAUCAAGGGCAUGUAGGCUCACACCAAUACAGCAGCUCCGUCGACUGCUUAGUCAAGACGGUUCGCGCAGAAGGAGUGUUGGCCCUCUGGAAAGGGUUUUUCCCUACAUGGGCCCGCUUAGGACCCUGGCAGUUUGUCUUUUGGGUAUCGUAUGAACACCUGCGCAAAUUAACUGGCCUCUCCUCGUUCUAACAGAAUGACAGCAUUGAUAGGACACCCUCAUUCUAACAGAAUGAUAGCAUUGAUUAUUGAUAGGACACCUUAAACCCGCUA